CAUCGACCAAGCAUCUGUCUCAACCUUCUAUUACCAUCACACUUUCAAGAUGGCAAUCGUCCGCACAACUCCAUCAUACAAGCCAAAACCAUACUUAUUGCGAAUCGACUGAGAUACCAACACCAGCACAUAUAUCUCUGUCAAAAACUACUCCAAUCUAUUUUAAGUCUCCCUUCAACGCCUCUCUAUGCGGCGUUCUUUGACUUUUGAGCAGCACUGCAUUCGCUGCCCGGGAUAAUAACCCUUUCUACUUGUUUCUAGCCCUCAUCUCAGCUCUGCUGACUAUGACGUACAUCACUGUCUCUAUAAACGCCAUGUUAAAGACUUUCCCUAUCCAGAAAAUGACAUUCAGAAUCAUCUUGAUGCUCCUCUUCCACUGGUUGGGAGCAAUCGUUCCGGUCUCGUCGGUUCAGAGACUGCUUGUCCCAGAACCGGAGCCUGGUUGGCCCCCGCGGUUUCCCUUUGGAGUCAGGUUUAUGGAUGAAAAUGCGGUGCGGCGUCUACUGUGACC